CAGUGUCGGCUUGCUCAACUCCGCCGUCUGACUGGAGUCUACGCUGCCGCCAGGAUGCGAUGGCGGGACCGGCUGGCUGUGCUCUUCUUUCCAGAAGGCAUGAUGCUCACUGUGGCCUCACUGAUGCUCUUCCUUGUACACCUGAGUGUCUUUGCCAGCGACGUGCACAACUUCUGUGUCACCCACCACUACGACCGCAUGAGCUUCCACUACACGGUUGUCCUGAUGUUCUCCCAGGUGAUCGGCAUCUGCUGGGCCGCCAUGGGGUCACUCUACGCUGAGAUGACAGAUAACAAGUUUCUUCGGUGCUUUUCCCUGACCAUCCUGAUGCUAAAUGGAGCCAUGUUCUUCAACCGCCUGUCUCUGGAGUUUCUGGCCAUCCAAUACCGGGAGGAGAGUCACUGAGGCCAGAGGACCGAGCCGAGAAGGGGGAAGGAAAAGGAGGCUUCGGUGUUUUAAUAAAGUCUGUCAUUUAUUUCCA